AUGGACUGGCCCAAUGUCUUUCCGCACUCCACGCUGAUGGGUGCCCUAUACUCUUAUCGUGCUGUGGGGCCUGCUGUGAUAACAGACUGGUGUCCUGCGAAUGUUGAUCGGAGCAGCAAGUCAUGGUACUGUUACAAUAUUGUCAGCACACUGAUGGCCUGUUUGGCGUUGAUUCUGUUGUCCCUUUGCUGCAUCAGUGUGCGAAUAUGUGCAGGUGCUUGUUGUGUCAUCUCUUUCGCCAUGCAUUGUCUUGUCAGCCAACAACAAACUUAUGUCUCAUGUAAGAUAGUAGGACUGGUGGUUUGA